AUUUCCUGUGCUGUCACUUGAAAACAACGCUGUCUCGGCUAAUGAGAGAGUUUGCAAGUUGAAUUUGUAAAAUGUGAGGACUACGUGCCGAAAGAAGACGCGCCGUUGUACCUGAAAGCCUGUUUUAAUGUGCGUCUUACUUCUGACCCGAUCAGCUCCCCGUGAGUGUAACAGGUGAAGAGCAUAUGAGAUAAACUCGACCUGUUCAUGGCAAGCCAAGCCUGGCUGGAGUCUUCUCUGCGGCGCUCUGCCAGUCUGGGCCUGGAGGUGCUGGAGCGGGCCUCCAGGCGGGGUGUGGACUGGGCGAGCACCAGAGCAUCCCAGAAUACAACCACUACAGAUGAAGACACACAAAUCCCUGCCAAGAGAACACACACAGAGCUUGAUGAUGUCUUUGGAACCAUCGCAGGGUUCAUGGCACAGACGACCCAUCAGUGCAAGAGGUAUUAUGAGUCUGGUCGCUGCACUGAGCCCACUGACACUGAGAGGAGCCAUGUGUCCAGGUUCCACUCACGGCCAACUGUUGGGAUGAGAACAUCUGCACAGUCAGCCAAAAAACAUGCAAGGACCCCGCACAAGAAGGAUCCUGUGUCAGCGAGUGAAGAUUUCUUCAUCGAGCUGUCACCGGGAACAUAUGCUAUCACUGCAAGCGUGCCGGAGUUAAAUCAGCAGACUCAGCUGGUCAGCGUCAAAGCUGGAGAGACUGUCAACCUCACGUUCAAUCUGUGACCCGUCACCUGACCCACACUUUAACCGUCAAUAACAAAACCGACCAUUGCUAAUGCUGUUUGUGUGUUUAUUGCCUGUUUUCAAAACGAUUUCUGCUUUAAAGAGUUUACAUUUUGUUUUGCUAUGAUAAUUUUUAUCUGCUGCACAUUAAGAAGCCAUAUUUUUAUUGCCAUUGAGUAUUUUAUUCUGUAGAUUGCGUGUCCUAGGACACCAUGUAUUGCUCUUUACAACAUUGUAACCGCUGCAUCAGUGUAUAAAAAUAAAGUAUUUUUUAUUCAUUUA